AUAACAUUUAUCAACAACACAGAAGAAAGAAGAAGACGGUGGAAUAAUAAAAUUCAAUUUCGACGACUCUCAUCAAUCAAUCAUCUCCCAAGAGUGUUCCAACACGAAUGAAACAAUUAAAAAAAACAUUUAAAAAAAAAAAAGUUAUGAUCUUUGACGAGCAGAGAGAACCAUACCAAUGUGAAUUCUGAUCAUCUCUCCUUGACGACUCCACCAAAAGAAAAAAAAAACAGAGAGAUUUCCGCUAAAAGAAUCAAAUAAAGCUCGAGACUUUACACGACAAGAGAAUAAUGUCGAAUCCGAUGCUGUCGGAGAAAUGGGAGAGUUCAAGUAAAACCAGCAGAAGAGAGCUUAAAAGGAGAGAGAGGAAGAUGUGGAAGAAGCCCAUCAGAAUUUCCCGAUUGCCCAGUUUCACUUCCGAUCAGAUUCCGGUCAUCUUCUCCGGCUACACUGCUGAGUCAGAAGAUUCAUCUUCUUCCGAGAUGUCUGAUGAUUCCAUCAACUCUACUAAAUCAUCAGACGAUGACAACAAGGAGGAGGAGGUUGACCAGGUUGAGGAAAGUUCAAAAUCGGUGAGUAGUGGCGUGAAAGUUGUUCUUAGGAGACAGUCAACGAGUAAAGGACAUAGACUGAUGAAGAUGAGAUCUAUGAAGCGUGUUACUUCACAUUCGAGGAGGAAGAAGAGUCUUGAUUUGAUUUCCAGGGAGGACUUAGGAGGGUUGUUAGAGCCUCAUUACUUGAGACCAACAAGCUCUUCAGCUUCCAAGAAUGUGGAAAACAUUCAGAAGAAUCUCCAAGCGGCUAGGUUGAAGAGAAUGACGAGUUUGAGACACAAAAGGUUGCUGAAAGCUACUUGUUCUUCAGCUAUGAAAGGUUCUCCUUCUGCUAAGAAGAGUGAUGAUGUGUGCAAGUAUAAGUAUUGUUCUCUGCACGGUCAGCCUCAUACCCACGCUGCGGAUGAUAAAAAUGUUCAUGUUCCGUCUUUGAAGCGGUUUAUGUCGAUGAGGAGGAAGUUUGUGAAGAGGCAGAAGAGUGUGAACCGGCGUUUGGGGAUGUUAAAACGGACUUUGAGUAGAAAGAGUCCUUUAGGCUUUCGUGUUGUGACUGAUCAAGAAUCAGAGCAGGUGGCUGAUGGAGAAAUUAAUCAAGAGGUUUUUGAAGAAGAGGUUUCUAGCUGGGAGAACUGUGAAAGUGAUUCAGAAUUGAAUGGAAGAUCUACUGAGACUGUUGAUGAUAAUGUGGAUGGAGGAAUGGAUUCUAUGGAGACUGUUGCAUCAGCUGGAAGAGAAUGUGUUGUUCAGGAAACUAAACCGGAAGUUAUGGAUGAUUCAGAUAGCAGAAUUGAGAUAGAUAUGAAGGAAACUUUGACGGGUCUGGAUCAUGAUGAUGUGAAAGUGAAGAGUGAAGAAACAAGAGAUGGUUCUUCUGGUGAACUGCGAGAAGAGGAUGGAAAGAAAACUGCAGAUAUAUGGAAUGAUGAAGAGUCUAAACCGAAGAAUGUGGAUGAUUUUGAUGGAAACAUGACAGGUCUUGAUUAUUAUAAUGGGAAGAAUGAGGGAACUAAAACUGACGAAACUCUGGAAGAUGAUGAGGAAGUUAGUAGAGAAGAAGAUGAAAAGAAUACCGAAGAUGUAUGGAAUGAUACGGUUACUCUUGUGAAGCAAGCUUUUGAUGAGAUACUUGCUGAAAUCACUGAUCAUGACUCGUCUGAUGAUUCAUCUGUUACUAAGAACAAUACUUUAGAGGGUGAAUUGGCGAAAGAAUAUGAUGAUGAUUCAAGUGGCUCGGAUGUGCAGCCUGUUGAAGAAAGGGACACACAUUUGACUGUAAUUGUCUCUACGUCUAAUAUGGGAGAAGAAUCUGGUCAUAAGAGAGGUGCCAAGAAGUGGAGUUACUUGAAAAGAGUAAUCCUUCUCAAGAGGUUUCUCAAGGCGUUGGAUCAAAAAGAGAGGCGCAAGUGUUCUUAUGCUGAAGAGAAUGAAACAAUAAUGAGGUUGAGAAGAGAGUUAGUUGGAGAGAGGAAGAAUGCCGAGGAAUGGAUGCUUGAUCAUGCUCUUAGGCAAGUCAUUACAACACUUGCUCCACCGCAGAAAAGGAAAGUGAAACAUCUUGUCAAAGCUUUUGAAUCUUUGAUUGGUGGUCUUGGAAGUCCUGGAAGAGAAGAGAAGGAACCAGUGAACUUGCAAACUAUCUUGAGAGAGAGUAAUGACACUACUGAUCUACCUGAAGUUUUAUCAGGAAAGGAACUUGAAGAAACAAAGUUAACUAGAGAAGCUUCAUCAUCUCUGUCUCUUGGUAUGAAAUCUGAUGAAGUUUUGGAAUCAGUAGCAGAUUCAAGUUCUAGUCAUCAACCUGCUGUGGAGGAAGAAUUAGAUGUGUUGGCUUCAGGUUCACCUAUAGAAGAAAAAGAAGAGAAAGCAGGAGAUUCUGAAAAGAAAAGCCUGUCUACAUGGAGGAACCUUAUACAGAAACACAUGGUUUCGGGAGACAAUAACGAGAAAAAGGUUGAUGAAGCUGAGCAAGAUUACAGGUGGUCCUAUGGAACUAAUCAGAUGAAAGGUACUGAAGAUGAUGGUGAUGCUGCUGCAACUAUUAAAUCGUUUCAGGAAGCAUUUGAAAUGAUUCUCUCGGAGAUCCCUGACUCGUCAUCUGAUGAAGAAGAGAUUGUUACGGAAUCAUCUAAAUCUCUUAAAGAGGAGAAAGGAGAAGUUCAUGUAGAGACUAAAAGAAGCUGGAACAGCCUGAGAAAGGUGAUACUCUUGAAAAGAUUUGUGAAAAGCUUGGAGAAAGUAAAUGUUUCCAAUCCAAGAAAGCUGCGGAAUCUACCUGUUGAUUCUGAACUGGAGGCAGAAAAUGUAUUACUAAGACAUCGUUCAACAAUGGAGGGAAUAAGAACAGAUGGAGAGGAAUGGAUGCUGGAUUAUGCUAUGAGACAAGCUAUAUCAAGAUUGGCUCCUAUAGAGAGAAAGAAAGUAGAACUCCUUGUGCAGGCCUUUGAUACAGUUCUUGAUGGCAAUGAGACUGUUAAACCAACCAAGACCACUGACAAUGAAAAAACUACCAAAGAAGUAACACUGAGAGUAGAGGAAGACUGCAAAGACGAGCAGAGGAUCAAAAAUGUCUUUUCGAAAUUUCAGGUACAUCAAAAGAACUUGAAACAAGAAGAGGAGGUUGAUACUCCUUGGAACAAAGUUGAAGCUGGCACAGAAGGAAAACUGAGAGCAGAGAAAGAUACUGAAGUCAACAAAGAUGAGCAGAGGAUUGCAGAUGUCUUUGCAAGAUCUCAGGUACACCAAAAGGACUUGGAACAAGAAGAAGAGGUUGAUACUCCCCGGAACAAUGUUGAAGCUGCUACAGAAGGAAAACUGAGAGAAGAUAAAGAUUGUGAAGGCAACAAAGACGAGCAGAGGAUUGCAAAUGUCUUUUCAAAAUUUCAGGUGAAUCAAAAGGACUUGAAAGGAGAAGAGGAGGUUGAUUCAACGCCGAGGAAAUUCAGCAAUUUACUUCCUCCUAUCGGAAAUGGUAAACAAAAAAUCGUGGUUGAGAAAAAAGAUUCAAGAAUGUGGAAGCUCAUCUACAAACACAUGGUAACAGAGAAAGAAGAAGAAACUAGUUCUGCAAAUGGUGAUUCAGUAGCUUCAUUUGAGGAUGAAGCUGUUGAUCUUCAGAUUGAUGCGAGAAGAAGUGGAACAGUUACACUUGUUAGAGAAGCUCUUGAGAAGAUCCUCUCUGAGAUCCCAGACAACUCCUCUGAUGAACAAUCUGUAGACAGCUCUACUGAUCAAGAACUACUGGAAAGAAACUCUCAAGUAAGUGAAGACUCUAUGACCUCAAAACCAAAGUCUAAUGAGAAAAGAGUGAAAGGAUGGAACAAUGUGAAGAAAGUCAUUCUUCUAAAGAGAUUCGUCAGCGAUUUAGGAAGACUCAACCCCAAGACGCCUCGGGGUUUGCCUUGGGAGCCUGAUCCAGAAACUGAAAAGAUCCGUUUGAGGCAUCAGGAGAUUGGAGGGAAGAGGAACUCAGAGGAAUGGAUGCUUGAUUAUGCUCUGAGACAAGCCAUAUCGACGUUACCACCUUCUCAGAGAAGAAAGGUCUCUCUUCUUGCACAAGCUUUCGAUACUAUAAGCUUACAAGAUGUUGGUAGUUCUUCGAAUCCCAGUUCAGCAGCAGGUUCCAGGAACAUCUCUCGUCAGUCCAGCCUUUCUUCUAUGACGGUGCAUAGUGAAAAUGAAGGUAAUGCUGAGAUACUAAGAGGUAAACUGAGAAAACUACAAGAUGAUCUCAAAGAGAGUGUGAAAGCUGAUGGUGUGGCUAAUGAUUUGGAGGAGAAACAAGAGUGUUCGAGCUUGUGGCGGUUAUUAUGCAAACAGAUGGAAGACAACGAGAGAAACCAAACAUUGCCUGAAGAACAAGAGUCAGAGGAUGACACAAAUAUGGAUGGUGAGAAAAUGGAAGUUUACAAAACCGAAGCAGUGGAGCUAUUAGGAGAAGUCAUAGACGGAAUCUCUCUUGAAGAGAGACAAGAUCAGAAGAGUGAAACUUUACAGGCAUCACAAGUGAAAAUUAACAGGUGGAGCAGCCUCAAAAAAGCGAUGCAACUCAGGAAAUUCGUCAAAGCGUUAGAGAAUGUGAGGAAAUUCAACCCAAGAGAGCCUCGGUUCUUGCCAGUGGAACCUGGCGUUGAAGCAGAAAAAGUGAACCUUAGGCAUCAAGAAACUCAGAACAGGAGAAAUGGGGACGAGUGGAUGGUCGAUAACUCGCUUCAAGAAGUUGUUUCCAAGCUAACGCCAGCUCGGAGAGAUAAAGUUAAGUUAUUGGUUCAAGCAUUUGAGUCACUUUCAGCUACAGGGAACUGAGGCAAACAACAAGAUAUUACAGCUAAGAACCAAUGAAGAACAUGAUGUGGAAGACAAAUUCAAGGAACUGAAGAUAAUUACAAACUUAUUAAUUGUCCUUGCAAUAAUCUCUACUCUUUUUUGUUCUUGCAAUGGCAAUUCAUUAUGUUGACAUUACAUGUAAUGUGUGUAGAAAAGGUAUGAUAUUGUUAUUUUUCAAAGGAGUUGAAUUACAAAGUUCUCCAAUUUUUUUAUGAUUAUGGGAAAUGUUUGAUGUGGUGCAUUUAUAAUUUAAAUUAAUUGUUUUCUACAUAUGAAA